UUAAGUUCCAUCUUCAGGUUAUUCUAAUUUAAGUAAUUGUUUAAUGAGUCAGGAGAAGACUGUUUCCUAGCUUGAGCACUCAAGCGAUCAAGUGGUGUGAGAGGCUGGGUCCUGUUUUGUUUGGUUGCAGAUUCUUCUUCCUCACAUUGCUGAGUAUGAUACGUUACGACCUUCAGUACCUUUCCUGUGUCUUUUAAGGAUUUCCUCAGCCAGGGAACACAUUCGUUGUUUUAAGAGUAACUGUAAAGAAUCUGCAAGAGCUUCCAUCAUCCAUCGAUAGAAGAAUUAAACUUUGCUGCACUCCAGCUAGCUAGAUGGGGAAACAGAGGCAAAGAGGUUAAAGGGCCUCUUCCAGCCACAGAGUGUGUUGAUGUCUGUUCCUGUUCCCUAGACAUGUGCACAGACUACUAGACUUCACUGCUCUGGCAGCAGCAGGGAAGUGGGACGCCCCUUUGGCAAUCUGUCAGUGCCAACCUGAGCUGCAUCCUUUCGCUGGGUAUUUUCUAAGCUGACUGACAGUCCUUAAAACAAGUAUGCAGUUAAGCUGCUAAGAGAUGGAGGAAGCUAGUUUGUGCCUUGGUGUUUCUUCAGCUGUGCCAGAAGCUGACGCCCAUCUCAACAGCACCAUACUCAAUGGGCAGUAUUCAAUGAGCCAGAAGCUGCACCAGAUCACUUCCCAGCUCAGCCAUGCUUUUCCGGAGCUCCAGAACAGGCAGAAUCCAGAAGAGAAGGCAUCAGCACCACUAGAAGACAAAAGCCACAUGUCCAUAGCAAACCAACCCAUCAGCAGUCAGAUGGCCCUGUUAGCAAACCAGCUCAACAGAGAGGUUGACACCAGUUUGAAUGGGCGUGUGGAUCUGCAGCAGUUCUUAAAUGGACAAAACCUAGGGAUUAUGUCUCAGAUGAGCGAUAUAGAGGAUGAUGCCAGGAAAAACAGAAAGUACCCGUGUCCCCUCUGUGGAAAGCGCUUUCGAUUUAACAGCAUCCUGUCGCUGCACAUGCGCACUCAUACUGGAGAGAAACCGUUUAAGUGUCCAUACUGUGAUCACAGAGCAGCUCAGAAAGGCAACCUGAAGAUACACCUGCGUACUCAUAAACUUGGCAACCUUGGUAAAGGUCGUGGAAGAGUCCGAGAGGAAAACAGACUUUUACAUGAGCUGGAGGAGAGAGCGAUUCUUCGGGACAAGCAGAUGAAGAGCAGCCUCUUGCAGCCACGACCUGAUGUGAAAGCACAGCAGCAUGCUCAGCCAAUGCCUCUCACAAAUUGCAACUUGUCUGUGCCAGCUAAUCACAACACACCUGAUAUUUCAAACCCUGUUCCCUCUCCAAAGCCAGUCAGUGUCCAGGAAGAAGUUGUUGCUCAGACAGCUGGGUUCAGAUGCACAUUUUGCAAAGGCAAGUUUAAAAAGCGUGAAGAGCUGGACAGGCACAUAAGGAUCCUGCACAAGCCUUACAAGUGCACCCUGUGCGACUUUGCUGCCUCACAGGAAGAGGAGCUGAUCAGCCACGUUGAGAAGGCUCACAUAACCGCAGAGUCAGCGCAGGGCCAGGGCUCCAAUGGGAAUGGGGAGCAGUCCACCAAUGAGUUCCGCUGCGAGGUGUGUGGCCAAGUGUUCAGCCAAGCCUGGUUCCUAAAAGGCCACAUGAGGAAGCACAAGGAUUCCUUUGAACACUGCUGUCAGAUCUGCGGGCGGCGAUUCAAAGAGCCUUGGUUCCUUAAAAAUCACAUGAAAGUUCACCUGAAUAAGUUAUCUGUCAAGAACAAAUCUCCUAAUGAUCCCGAAGUACCUGUCUCCAUCAGCAGUAUGUCCCAGGAAGCUCAUGCAAACUUGUAUUCGAGAUACCUGUCUUGUUUGCAGAGUGGGUUUCUUCCUCCUGACAAAGCGAGCUUAAGUGAACAAAAUCAAAUCUAUAACAAAGGAGACAUGCCCAUGAAAGAGAAGGAAGUCUUGGGAAAGCUCCUUUCACCCAUUUCUGGCAUUGGCCACAGUAUUGCUGAAGGGGAUAAACACUCUUUAUUGGGCUGUCUCAAUCUGGUGCCUCCUCUGAAAUCCAGCUGUAUAGAAAGGUUACAAGCUGCCGCCAAAGCAGCGGAGAUGGAUCCAGUAAACAGCUAUCAGGCCUGGCAGCUUAUGGCAAGGGGAAUGGCCAUGGAACAUGGCUUUUUGUCUAAAGAGCAGCAGAUACAGCGCAGCCAUGAAGACACUUUGGCAAAUGCUGGAGUUAUGUUUGAUAAGGAGAAGCGGGAGUAUGUGUUAGUAGGAGCAGAUGGCUCUAAGCAGAAAAUGCCUGCUGAUUUGGUUCACAGCACUAAAAUGGGCAAUCAGAGAGACUUGCCAAGCAAACUAGACCCUUUAGAAGGCAGUAGAGAUUUUUUGUCACAUGGUAUGAACCAGGGACUCGAUUACAACUUACAAAGUCAUGGAAACGUAAAAGAAAAGCCAACUGAAUGCCCGGAUUGCGGGAGGGUUUUUAGAACGUACCACCAAGUGGUUGUGCACUCCAGGGUCCACAAAAGAGACAGGAAAGGAGAAGAUGAAAUAAUCCAAGGGAGUCUUGAUGAGCGUCGUGGAUCUGGCAGCGAUCAAGAGUCGCAGUCUGUCAGCAGGUCGACGACCCCAGGCUCCUCUAACAUUACUGAAGAAAGCGGAGUAGGUGGGGGUCUCUCACAGACGGGGAGUGCCCAGGAGGACAGUCCACACCCUUCCUCGCCCUCCUCUUCAGACAUUGGAGAAGAAGCUGGGAGAUCUGUAGGAGUCCAGCAGCCAGCUUUACUGAGAGACAGGAGCCUUGGUUCUGCCAUGAAAGACUGCCCAUAUUGUGGAAAAACAUUCAGAACAUCACAUCACUUAAAGGUCCACUUGAGAAUACAUACAGGUGAGAAGCCUUACAAGUGUCCGCAUUGUGAUUACGCCGGUACUCAGUCUGCGUCCCUCAAGUACCACUUGGAGAGGCACCAUCGGGAGAGACAAAAUGGAGCGGGACCACUGUCGGGGCAGGCUACAAGCCAAGAACACAAAGAAGAGACAUCAAGUAAAAGUUCUGUGUUUAUUAGACCAGAUAUACUGAGGGGAGCCUUCAAGGGGCUUCCUGCUAUUGAUUUCCGAAGUGGCAUGGUCUCACAACAGUGGGCGUCAGGAAUGCUGUCUUCUGGAGAUCAGCAAGGACAAGCAGCUGGCAUGUCAUCUGAAGUAUCUUCAGAAAACAUGAAGGGUUCUGACUUAUCUUCCAAAGGAACACACUUCUCUGAACUUGGCCGUGCUUACCAGAAUAUGGUUGGGAACGGCGUGAACUUCCAAGGGUCUUUGCAAGCGUUCAUGGACAGCUUUGUCCUAAGUUCUUUGAAGAAAGAAAAAGAAAUGAAGGAUAAAGCUCUAUCAGAUCCACUUUCAGCAAAAGCUCUGGGCGCAGAAGGAGGUGAGGAAAAGAUCAACAGCAAGUCCUCCCAGAGAAAAACUGAGAAGUCGCAAUAUGAACCUCUUGACUUAUCUGUAAGGCCAGAUGCAGCCUCCCUUCCAGGUUCAUCUGUUACUGUGCAAGACAAUAUUGCAUGGCACGGCUGCUUAUUUUGCUCCUUUACCACUUCAUCUAUGGAACUAAUGGCUCUGCACCUCCAGGCCAAUCACUUGGGCAAGGCUAAACGUAAGGACAACAUCAUAGGGAACAACAAAGAGCAAUCUAGAGAAGCUUCAGCCUCAGUCAACAAAGUGAGCUUGCUCUCUGCUUCUGUGCAGUCCAGCAAAGAGGCCGUAGUUUCAAACAUGCUUAGCCAGCUGGACUCAGCUUCUGAGAAAAUGACCCAAGGACAAAAUAAAGAGACCAUGGGAGAGCAAAAGAGUGCUGCCUGGCCCAGCCACAUGGAAUCCACUUUUUGUAAUUUUACAACAGACUUCUAUAAGCAGUUUGGUGUUUAUCCUGGUGUUAUUGGCACAGGAACACAAAAUUCUUGCACCAGUAAUGAAUCUGAAAUAAAACCACAGUCUGAAGAUGACCCAAAUAUUCUGCUCUCUGACUCUGUAAAUAAAAGUGCUACUGAUGACCUUUCUGACAUAGCUUCAUCUGAGGAUAUGGAAUCUUCCAAGGAGGAAAACAUUGAAGAUGAGGACAUUGAAACAGAACCAGAUAUUAUGAAUAAGCAGUUGUCUGCCCUAAACAAGGAAAGCAGUGAAGGAGGCGACAACAUACAAAGUGCAGUCACCUCACAACCAGCACAAGGGCUCGUAUCGCCACUGCCACAAGCAUCAGAAAAGCAGUGGCACAGUCAGAAUCUUCUGUCCUCCCAUGAAACUGCACAAGGAGUGAUGAAACCCGAACAAGUUCAGGGUCCGCAGGUCCUGGAGAAGCAGAUGAACAUGUUGUCAGUCCUAAGAGCUUACAGCUCUGAUGGCUUAGCAGCCUUUAAUGGACUUGCAAGUAGCACAGCAACUAGUGGAUGUAUCAAGAGACCUGACUUGUGUGGUAAGUUUUAGACCUUCUUUUAGACCGUUUCAGAAAACACUUGUGCAGAAUCACGAAGCUGCUCUUUAAAUAUACUUAGUCAUGUUUGUUAGUAAUACAUUUUUUUAAAUGUUAAACCCUGUGGGCCAAAUUCUAGUCUUAUAUGUGGUCUAUUUCAUUGAAAUCAGCAGUGCUGCAUGCAUAUACUUACACAGAAUUUUAGGAAGAACUUGCUUUUAAACCAUAGUAGCAGCAAUAUAGACUAUCUGUGCUAGUGGCAUCUGAAGGGGAUAUUUACUGCUUUAGCAUACUCAAAGGAGGAAAAGGUUUUUAAAAAAUCACAUGGUAACUUGCAAACUUUUCAGUAUUCUGAUACAAGUAAGAACCCAAGACAAACACUGGAUGCUCUGCCAGGCAAGCCUUGCGCGUUCUCUGUCUGUCUCUGUCUCUCUCUGUGCUUUUACUUGGGGUGCAUUCAGGUUCCAUGAUAUCCAUUAAAUCAAAGGCCAGGUGGAUGGAAUGCAUCUACCUUUAAUGAAGAGGUAUUCUUUUCCUUUAUCUCCCUCUCCCCUCCCUUAUUUUUUAAUGAUUAUGUUUUUCUGAAUUGUUUCAAUGGCAACUAUACAAUAGUCGCCUUUGACAAUUUUCACUGUCCUGAUAGAGGUUGUACAAGUUGUGGUUUGCCUAAUUAAGAAUAUGCCUCUGAGUAAUUAAAACAACAGUGCACCAAACAAAGCCCCCCAGUUUUUUACCCUUGAUACAGAAAACUGACAAAAAGGAAAGCUAAAUCCGUUUGGAACAAGUGAGACUGAGGACUUUCCUAUUUAUCUCCUGUUUUGUAAGCAUAGUGCUCGCUUGAAAGAGAUUUUAGAAUGUAAAUCCGUUGAAAAACAGUAUCACUUUAAAAAGCAGAGUCAGCAAAGGACACAAAAACUUCAGUAAUGUUCUUGUUUCAUUUAACCUUCAAACGAAUCAGAAAACUCGUUGUCAGAGCUGAACGUGCAUAAGAAAAUGUAUUCAAGUUUAAAAUACAAAAGAAAAGAAAAGAGAAUGUGAUCAACUGUUAUAAAGCUCAACAGUUUAAAAUGAAACCCUAAACCUGCAACACUUGUGAGUGGUUACCCUGGUUAAGUUCAGGUUGUUAGGAGCUUUGUUUGACUCCACUGCUUCUUCGUGCCUCUGCCUGCUUUUCCAAGUGUGUUGGUUGGUCUGAUAGAAAAGUACAAUUUCUCCCAGCAAAGUUUCACUCGCUUGUAUUCUUAGAGAGCAUUUUGCCUUCACACUACUGUUAUUACCUAAGCUGAACCCCAGGUGCAGGUGUUUGCCAGUCCGUGCUGUAAAUUCCUGUGUCUCUGUUCACUGAGAGCCAAUGAGGAGAGUUAGAAAUAGUUCCAGAUUCUUCAAAAUCAGUAGUUAGAUUUCUGGUGUUUUAACAUAAUUGGUACUUGCUUUCAGUUAGGAGCUGGUAAAACCCUUGGAUUUUUUUUCUCUGUAUUUGAAGAUUACAAACAAUUAGGUACCAAAAAUGCAUCAGAGUAAACAACUAAACAAAAAAAAUUGGAAAAAUAAGAUCAGUUGCUUUAUACAAAAUAUCUUUAUACUUCUUCUCAGACACAAGGUUUUUAAAAUGAUGAAAACAAAACCUCUCACAGAAUUAUUGAAAUGAGGUCAUGUUACUUCCAUUAGUUUUUUGUUUCAUCUUCCAAUCAAUUCAGCAGACGUUUUAUGAUGGCUAGAGUUUAUGUGAUUUUAAAGACCAUAUCCCUUUCACAAGCUCUGCCCAGUGAUAAUGCGUUUGACUUGAAGUAUGAAGGGAAAAAAAAAAGCCAACAGAAGCUUGUCUGUUCUACUUUUUAAGCCAUUUUAAAAUGGAAAAUGCAGCGCGAGUCCUCUUUUCUCCCCCCUCCAAAAAUAGCUUUUUAAAAUUCUUACUGACAUUCUGUUGAGUAUUUGCAGAACAUAAGUAUUAAGGUUGAGUAUUUAAGUAUAUCAUUUCAUUUUUCUUGAUAUCUCACAGCAAAAACGGAUGAAUACGAACAAUCCCUCUGUCAGUAGUUCUUAUUCAUUUCAUUGAUUUAGACACCACCCUAUUGAAAGUAGUGUUUUUAGGGAGUUUUCAUUUUCUCAGUGACAUUUUGUACUGUGAAAUCACACUCCAUCUGUGCAUGCUAGUGUGGGGAAUCUCACCUGAUGUUUCUGCACUUGCAGAUUAGCCAGCAGGAGCGCUUUGCUAAUUUAUUAGCCUUCCUUCCCUCUUGCACAAAGCCCAUGACCCGAGUCGUGGUUCCCUUUGUUUCCCCUACUCAGAGAGAUCAGGAAGCCUGAGGCCCACUUCCAGCACCCGGUCCCUGGGCAUGAUUCUUGUGGCUGUUUGUGUUUUGGGGGACUCCAUGUAUUUGCCUUUCUUUUUACAGCCGAUGGUGGGUGGGUGUUGGCAUCUCAGGAGAGAGCACUGAUACCCUUGAUAACAUUCCUUGCACAAUCUCUGGUGCCCUUUCCACAGUCAGAGCACAGUUGAAAUAAGAUUCUCAGUCGGCUGAGAUUGCAUCUUUGUUUGGCCAUGUUAAUUGCACCAAAUUUCUGGCUUCAUUACAACAAGCUGGGAUUUUCAGUGAUCUGUGUAGAUUGUUUUUAGUUGGCAGAUUUUACCUUUAAGAGAAUGGGUCCAUUUUUAAGCACAAAUCUUGGUUUAAUUUCUAGAGGGCAAUUCCGCCAAUACACAUUAUUGUUCUGAGUAGUCAUCCCUCAUGGGGAAGCAACCCUCAGUUUCCCUGUAUAUAGAGCAAGAGAGUCUGGUGAUGUGCCUGUAAUUUGUUUCUGCUCCUGUCAUGCUUUAGGCUGUAGGGGUGAAAGGCACAAUUAGAAAAGAAAGAACUAGCAUCACUUUGUAAUAGAGAAAUUUCCAUGCCAAAAUAGUGCUGAGAAAAAUCACAACAAAUCUCCUUUACACAUCUAGCAGAAUAGGAAAGAACAAAAGGAAAAUAAAAAGUAUAAUUGAUGAAUUUUUAAGUCUCCUCACCUUUUCUAACUUAACUGUAUUUGUUUCCAGAGUCUUAAGUGGCUAAACCCAAGAGCUGAUCUUGUCAAUCUUUGCUACCAUGCAGCCUGUAAGAACAGGGAUGUGCCUUUCACUGCUGCUUGCAGCCAGCAGCCCAGGUCAGGGAAGGAGCUGUCAUGCUGGGCUUCUGGCUUUGGCAGCUGUCUUGAGCAUCCACGUAGUCUGCUUUCACAGCUCUUGCUCAUUUGAGAAGUAAUGCUUGGAGUUUGUAGAUCUACUUUCUAUUUAAGAUUUAGAAGAUGCUUUCCAUUUCUGCUCUUCUGUUUCUCUGCCUGGCUUCCGUUAUACACAUAGCUGUAUUGCAGUAAUGUUCCAGCUACUGGUCUAAGUUGCAAAUUUAUAUGAUUUGUAGAGCAUCUGUUCAUGACAAAACUCUUUCUUGUCUCUCCUUCCCUUUCAGUCUUCCUGCUUUGUGGCUAAGACGGUAAAAUAUCCCUAGCAUUUUUUGCUUGAGAUGUAUCUAGGCUUUCAAAGAAUUGCUGGUGGACUACAGAACUAUUGGCCAGAGAUGGUCUGGGGCAUUAGCUGGUUGUUUAAUGGAUUAGUGCUAUUGAACCCACACUUAAUGAUGACCAAAAGUAUUAGUUCCAUCUUGUCCCUCUAAAUCUAAUUUGCUUCCAUUCAUGCUUGCUUUCCUCUGCAAUUAGUGCUGUUUUCUCCACAUAGGCUCCACCUCCCUCACUUCUUUCACUGUAUGAAAAUAGGGCAGGGCCCUUCUAGUGCACGGCAGCAGCUCUCAAGUUCUCUCGCGAAGGGCUGAGCACUUUCAGUUUCCUUUUGAGCAGAAAGUGUUCAGCUCUGCACAGAAUUAUUAAAUUGUUCAGCAUUGUAACUUUCUGAAAUACCUUCCAAAUGUGGAACUGUAGCACAGACAAGAGGGCUGGGCAAGGGGAAGAUUGACUGUGGCAGAUUAUUACAGUUUUAUUGUCACAUAAUUAUAGUGCUGUACCCCAAUGUUGAAAUAGUGAAUUUAGUCUUUGUAAAUUGCUUCUUGCCACAGGUGUCAAAACCAAAAGGAUUGUAAUGCUAACCCCUUCAGAACUACCACAACACGUAACGUGCAGAGAAAGAUUUUUAAUUGUUUGUGUGCCUUCACCUUAUUGCAGCUCUUUAAAAUUAUAAAAUGCACAUUAAACAGAAGCAACAGUCCUAUAUAUCUGAGCUGUAGGACAGCUCUGUGGUCAGGGAAGGUCCUCAGGGCUGCAGCAAAGCGCAGUGCUCAGAACCGUUCAAAGUAUGCCCUAAUGCAGUGAGUUAAAUAACCCAGCAUUUCUGCCUUUGAAGGGGUAACCAGAAUAUUCUCCUUCAAGGCAGAAGGAAAUACCGUGGAACCUUUGCUGCGGUCUUUUCUGUACCCAGUGUGGUGCCUGAGGAGGCUGCUUCAGUCGCAGCACAGGGCCUGCUCUCGGUUUGAGCCACAGUGCUCAGGGAUCAGUGCCUGCCCUCGUGCCGGGCUGCAGCCACUUCUGGAAGUCGCAGUGCCAUUUGCGUGGCAAUAUCAAACCAAACUCAUAUGGCUUGCUUCCUUUUUUUAAUUAACUGGGAAUGCCAGUGAUCCAGUGAAGUUUGUGUUGCUGGAUAAAAGGGCCGGUCUGUGAAUAGCAUUGUAUUUGCCAAAUGGUUCGCUAGUCAUUUCAGUACAAACAAAUGGAUGGUGUCUGUAAGUCUGCAAACACUGUUGACAUUUAGCCUUGUUUAUGUUACUUUCCUUUUGCUGCAUAUUUUUGGCUAGAAAAGAUACUGUCUGAAUCAACAUUGACUUCCUAAGCAGAAGCUAAGGACCCAGUCUUGCAUCCCUCAUUCUCGAUGAGUGGGACUACUUACAUGACUAAGGAUUGCAGAAUCAGGUCCUGUGUUUAUUUGACUUUAAAUUUUAUUGCUAUUUUCAUGUAAUUUAAUUUCAUUGUAUUUUUUUUGUAUCAGACAUUGGUCCAGCGAUAAGUUUGAUGUCACUGUUUUUGUUCACUGUUGGAAACUUAUUUCUUAGAGUUUUUCAUAUAUUGCAGUGUAACACUCCCAUUCCGUUAAUGUUUCUGGAAGUUAACCCCUAAAAUAUCUGAUACAGCUUAGUUCUGAGUUCCUUCUAUUCCCAGUGAAAGUGGAGGCAUUCAGUCCCUCCCAGCACCAGAUCUGAAAGGGGGAUUGUGUUUGCAAAAGAAGGCCUCGGAAUGUGCCUCGAUUUCAGACAUCAGUGGCCAGCCGCACCAGGGCAAAUCCCCAGCACAGAAAGGCUUUUCUUUUCUUUGCAGGGACAAAAUAAUGAUGUAAGCCUAGAGCCGUAUGAUUUUGCUCUAAGUUUCAUCUCCCAAACAAUAUAUUCUUAUUGUUUUUGUCAUAUCCAGGUCAAAUUUAAAUUAUAAUUUAGGAUUAGGCAGAGGCAUAGAGAUGUUUCCAGAUCUUUGCAAAGUGAGACAAUGCUCUGGUUUGUGUUUCGGUUCAGGAAUAUAUAUGCUUGUGCCUGAGGUGUAGUAUUUCCUACAUCUACACAUACACAUACACCUGAGCAAUUUAGGCAUCCUUUUAAGUCAAAACUAAGUGUACGAUUAAUACCUAUUACGAGGCCAAUUUUAAACAAUUAAUUUGACAGCAAUUAUAGUUUUAUUUUACAGGCUUUCAGAAAUAAAUAACCAAAUUCAUCUUUGUAAUCUAAAGAACUUAGAAUAUCUUUAUGCUGAGAUGAUCUUGCUAUGCAUAGUGUUGCAUAUCUGGGAUUUCUGGGGUUUUGUCCCUCGUAUCUAGAUACUUGUAGUGCCGGGAUGAAUAAUUACCUGAGGCUUAUUAAUUGUUUCAGCAAAGAAAAAUAUAUACCUUAAGUGUAAGCAUUAAUAUAUGUAUACACAAAGCAUCCACAAUAUAUAACAAACCAUCAUAAUAGUACAAAAAUAGAGGUCCUGAAUAUGUUCUGUUAUUUAUGUGUUUGGCAAGCUUAGGGAAUGGACUUUAGUAUGAGUGAAAAUUCUCUUAACAUUUUUAAGGUUAUUUAUUGUCAUUUCUAUUUGAGUUUUUAAUGGUCCUGUAUUUUGUAAUGCUUUAGCAGGAAAAAAUACUGUAGUUAUCUUUUUUCAUAUUCUUUAAGCAAUAUUUCUAGCUUAAUAUAUUGUGCCAGGUUUUCCAAUAUUAACCAAGAAAGACAGUAAAAUUCAAUGAACAGCACUCUGACAUCCACAAUUUAAAACCUGUGACUGAAGUGAAAUGUGUAAACUUCUAGUGGGUUAUCAUGUGCUUUGGAAUAGAGUAUUGUUGGAAGUAAUUAGAAAAUAUAUUAAGGUUUCCUGGUAAUGAAGGUAUGUAAGUUUUAAUAAUUGUUGCUUUCUGAAUAAGUGUCAAACUAUAUCUUUAAAUGUAUAUGGAGUUACAAGUUAGGUCACUUCUGAAUGGAAUGUAAAACAAUACUAAAAUGCUUCAAUAACUUAUCUCAGUGUUGCUAAUAAAAAAAAAGCUGUUAACCAUUA